AUGUCUGACGAGGAAGUCAUAAGACGUAGACUGCUGAUCGAUGGGGAUGGGACUGGAGACGAUCGCAGGAUAAACAUGUUGCUGAAGUCCUUCAUAAAAUGGGUGAAUAAUCCAGAAGUGGACAAUACUCUCUACGAGAGGAUAAUCUCACAGUUGGCACAAUGUGAGUUUGCCCAGAAGAAGACAAGGCUUGUCUCUGCAAUGAGUCAGGAGGAGCUGAAGAACUACGAGACCUUGUCAAAGCAUAUUGAAGUGGAGAUCGAAGAGGCUAAGAAGGCUAUUGAUGCCACUAAGGUGGAACUGCAAGAGGCUAAACAGAUUAGGAAAAAUAGAAUUGAGUAUGAUGUUCUGGCUGAAAUUAUCAACGAACAACCGGACAGACAGGAGACGAAUAAGAAGCUUGAAACCUUGAAGGAAGAACUUGGGAACUUGAAGGAAAAAUCAGAGCGUUUAGAACACAAAUUAGAAAUGAGAAGAAAGCAAUUCCACGUGUUAAUAUCCUCAAUCCACUCCCUUCAAAAUAUGUUGGAUGAGUCUGACGAGGAAAUAAUGGACGUUAGUCUCGAGAAUUACGAGGAUUCGGAGCACUACGAUGCAACAUAUAAAAUCUAG